AAGAAAUUGGUGAAAUGCUUCUUUUAUAUUAGGACAAACCUUAACAAAAAUAUUCCUUUAGUUCCAUAAAAAAAAGUUUAUUUUAUUACAAAACAACUCCCAAAUGAUGGGUUUAAGAGACAUUGGAGCAACACUACCUCCUGGUUUUAGAUUCUAUCCAAGUGAUGAAGAAUUAGUUUGCCAUUAUCUCUUCAAGAAAAUUGCAAAUGAAGAUUCUCUUAAAGGUACUUUAGUGGAAAUUGAUCUCCAUACUUGUGAGCCAUGGCAGCUUCCUGAGGUGGCAAAGCUCAACUCGAGUGAAUGGUACUUCUUCAGCUUUCGAGAUCGCAAAUACGCAACUGGUUUUCGGACAAACCGGGCCACAACUUCGGGUUAUUGGAAAGCCACGGGUAAGGAUCGGACGGUGCUAGAUCCUCGAGCCCGUACGCCUGUAGGGAUGAGAAAAACUUUAGUCUUCUACAAGAAUAGAGCUCCUAAUGGAAUUAAAACUGGUUGGAUCAUGCAUGAAUUCCGCCUCGAAAAUCCACACAUACCCCCUAAGGAAGAUUGGGUGUUAUGUCGAGUAUUUCACAAAGCUAAAGCUGAGAACAGCAGUAACAACAACAUUGUCAGCCCACAAAACACGUACGAGGUUGGUGUUGUUAGCUCUCCUAAUAAUAAUAUGGACCAGUUCCAUGCCUUGCCUUACGACGGCUACCGCCCUAAUAUGGCGGCCGCCGCCGUCUCCCAACGGCCUUUUCAUCAAAGGCAGAAGUUGUUUGAUUUAAUGGAAGCAGAAAAUAACCAAAGCAGCUAUCCUCAGUUAUCUCAAGAAAUGAACAAAGCUCCAUCGAAUGAUCAAAUAGCCGAGGAUGAGUAUGGGUUCUUGUUGGACAUGAAUUUUGAAGAUCCAUGUUUACAAGAUGGAGGAGUGAAUUCGAGCAUUGAGGACAUGCGAUUUGAUAACAAUAACAGCUUGGUAUUCAUUUAAAAUUAUCAAUGAUGAUUGGUAAUUGAUUAUUAUUAAUUAGUAGAAAACUACAAAAAGACUAUGCAUGUGUUGAUAAUUUGCGUAGUCGCGUUACUGUUUGCUUGUGGGGUAAGAAUUAAUGUAUGUUUGAUGGGAUAUAUGAUUCUUUUUUAUUUUCUAUUUUCCCUCACCAGAUAGAUAGAUUGAUCAGAUCUUGAUGAUUAUGUGUGUAUCUAUAUAUUACUUUGACGUUUGUGUGUA